UUCAAGGGGAGUCUCGCAUUUCACUUUCUGAAACUUUUUCAUAGAAAAUUCACACAAAAUCAAAUAACUCCUAGAAUUUUUUUGUAGUUAAUAUAAACUUUUAUUGUAACAAAAUUAAAAUUACCUCAAAAUAAAAUACAAAUACAUUGAGCCAAGUUCAAUUUUACUCAAAUAAAAAGAAAUCUGCAUGGGCGAGAAGUUAUUAUCACCGACGACAGGCAGAACUUGAACAAAAUCGCAAAAUGUCAACUUCCCUUGGGAUUGUGGAGAAUUUGUUAAAUGAAUUCUAUCAUCCCGCAACACAUAACCAACGAAAACGUGAAAUCGAAGACCAACUGACUUCGUUUAAGAAUCAGCCCAGCUCCUGGCAGCAGUGCCUUUGUGUUCUCUCAUCAAAUUGCUGUUCAACAAAUGAAUUCCUCUGGUUGUUCACCACUUCCACCCUCGAGCACACAAUAUCACGCCGAUGGACCCAACUAUCGCCCCAAGAACACAGCCACCUGCGAGAGAAUCUCUGGUCUAGCUACGCCAAUCUGCCAUACGAUGUUUCGCGUCGACAACGAGACACAAUCGCACAAUUGAUAGCACUCGUCGGUAAACGGGAGUUCCCUGACGACCAUCCCGAAUACAUUAAGCAUUGUAUAGAACUCACCAAAAUGUACUUCCAAUUGGGAGUGGUUCUACUAAGAACUACAUCCGAAGAGGUAGUCAGCAAUAGGAAUGAUGUUUCUUCAGAUAGAAAACAGUAUUUUCAGUCAUGCAUAACACAAUGUAUGCCAGAAAUUGUGGAACUCUUGGGAAAAUAUUUAGUUAUAUCAACGUGUCAUCUUAAUGGAACCGCCUUGAGUGCGAUACCAAGCAAUAUAGCAGACUACAGGCUGUACACAUCACUGCCAAAUGACAAUUCUUUAAGCUCAUCGAUUCUCGAGCUUCUCCAAUGCGUUCAACAUAUUUUCUCAUGGAUACCAGUAGAUAGUUUACUCACCGAAUAUUUUAUAUUGGCUCUAUUCGAUUUGGCAAAAUGGCGUAAAGAACAACCCGAAAUUUCAGUGGCCGCCCUCACAACAGUCAAUGAAUUAUUUUACUUACAAAAAGCCAUACCAUUUCCAAAUACAAUUAUGACUGCAAUCAAUGGACUGUUAGAUAAGAAUAAUUAUACUAAAUCAAGUGAAAUGUACGAAGACAAAUUCACGGAACUCCUACGACUGAGUGCAACGAAAUUCUGCUCAAAACUAUUUAAUGAUCAAUCUUUAUUAGAUGCAUUUGUAUCUGGUUUGCAGGCAUAUACAUUUAAUGUUGAAUCAACAACGCCAUUAUCAGAAAGACUCGAAAUAUGGAAACCAUUGUUGAGAGCUUUUCCAACAUCAGCUAAAAGUGAAAGUUACAUUGAGUCGUGUAUAACAUUUUCGGGGCAUAUUUUAAGAGGGAUGCGUUUAGAAGUCCUAAAUCCAAUUUACGAAGAUGAAACACUUGAUGAGAAUAUGCAAACAAAGUGGCAACAAUAUAUUGCACCUUGUAUUGAAGUGAUCGCACUUGUGGCAGAAAUGCGACCAAACCAGACAUUCAAUCAAGUGUAUCGACUGUUUACGAGACCGUUUCUGGUAAUCAUCAUGUCAAUUGAAAAGGCUAUUGAUAAUAAGACUUUCGAUCCAACCAACGAGUUUGAAUGUUCCCGCAUCCGUUUUAGUUUGAGAGAGAUUUCGAUGCUUUGCCAAACGUUAGUUCGAAUAGCCCCAUCUCUGGACCUAGGUUCAUCAGAAGAAAUACCCCUAAAUCUGUGUACUCUCGUGCGGACACUUCUAAGUGCAGUCAAUUUUUUUAGCAGCAAAAAAUUUCAAAGUCUUCACGCGGAGAACUCACUGCUGGUUGCGAGUUUUGUUGAUUUAUAUGCUCAGUCUUUGUUGGCAUUGCGAAGUCUUUUAGCCAUAUCACCCGCAGUGAUAAAUGAUGAUCAGCUGCGAAGCUUGAUACAUACAGUUGCACAAAUAUUGCUUCCAAGUACGUUUAAUGAAUCCGCUCUCGUACAAAUGGCAGCCGCUCAACUGCUUUUGAAUAUUGCUUCUAUGAUAAGACCAAAACAAAUGUUAGAAGUUGAUUUGGUUGUUCAAUUAGUGCGAGCUGGCACCGCAUUGCCUCAUUUGCCAAAGCACGUACUGCCCGUGGUCUAUGAAGCCCUUAUAAGUUCCUUAGUUUUUCCUUGGAAGAACAUUAGCCAGCAAGAACAGGAUUUCGGACGGCGAUCUCUUGUUCUUCAAGAUUACGUAUCGUGUUUGUGUCAGGAAUUCUUAGCUAUUGAUCCAUCCGUACUCAAUAAUGGACAUGAUGUUAAAAUAAGUGCAAUAACCGCCGGUAUUCUUCCCAUAAUUACCGAAAUCAUCAAUUAUUUUAACGACACAAAUAGUGCAGUCAAAGAAAUGCUUCUUAAUGCAUUCAAACCGACAGUUCAUAAAGCAAUGAAUAUAUUCAAUGCAGUUGGUUUCGAUAGCAAUGAGAUUGCGACAACAGUUUCUGAUUUUGCAUUGAGUGUGUUGCGAACGUUGCAGAAUCAAUUAGGCAUGGCGUUCGUUAGAGAAAUGAUCACAUUAUUUAUAAAUUCCAGCACAAGAGGAGAAAUGACUGUGAGGAGAUUAAAGUCUAUGGAGAAAAUCUUGCAAAUGUUUCAAUUAAUUGUACAACAACCGGGCAGUGAAACCAUGUCACUUAUUCCAUCGAUAUUAAAUCUAACAUUGGACCAUAUACUGCCGUUAUUGAGUUACGAUAAUAAUUUAUUGGAUUAUUCAGAUGUCGCACAUUUGAUGUACACAUUGUUUGAUAGCAUUUUAAAUUACCGCUGGCAAUAUUUCUAUAAAACAAACGUACAGUCAAUAAUUUUAAAUGGGUCAGCAAACUCAAACAACAGCAACGAUCAUGUCCAACAUCCCGAACAGUUUUUAGCCAUAUUCAAUUCCUAUGGUCAAGCACUAGUCAUCGGCAACGAUCCGAAUAUCACUAGCACAGUUUUGGUUUCAUUGCAGAAUCUUAACGAAAGAUGGAAACUCUUUCAUCGUGCUCUAUUCAAAACAAAUUUACUCACAUCAUUCCAGUGUGCGUUGAUAAACGCAUUACUCUCAGCUGAAGGUGCCCUCCAUUUUGAUGUUAUGAGUGGUGUCCUGUUUUCUAUGGGCCAGGUUGAUAAAUUGAAAUUGCAUGAGAGUUUUAUGUCGAUUGGAUUCACAGCCACUAAUUCAAAAGUCAUUGAAGAAAUUUGUUUAGCAACGGACAUUCCAACGUUCUCCCAAAAAAUGUCACAGCUUAUACAAGAUACACGUUGCACAAGACUAUCGCAAUAACAUUAAGAGAUUGCCCCGCGAAAUCAUCACAUUUUGGUGCAAUCAUUCAUCAAAUGAUUUAUUUUAUUUUAAUAUUAAAUUUUCGUGUUUCGAGUUUGUUUUUUUUUAUCUUUUUAUAAUUUGAGAAUACUCAAGAUCUCAGCAUUAUAUAUCACGUAGGAAUUUUGUGUUUCUUUUUAGUUUUUUUAUUUUCACGUAAAAAUGUAUUCAUGUUUUAAAAUUGAAGUUUCAAGCCUUUAACAAAUGACUUUUUUUUAAAUUGGCGUAAGAAUUUCAAUUCCUGUGGAUUUGAUUUAAGAAUUAAAUUAUGAAUUGUUUUUCUACAAAACCAUUUGAAAAAGCCAUACCUUUUCGGCCUUAAUUAGCUAAAUUUUUGAAGAAAAAAAAAGAACUAAAAAUUAUACAACUAACUUAAUUGGCAACACAAGAAACUCAAAACAAAACUUAUAAAUCAGUUUUAAUUUUAUUUUCGCUUUGUUUUUUAUUUUUUUUUUUAAAUUUCGUGUUACAAAAAGAACAAAAUAGUAGAGAUUAUUAUUAAUAAUAUAGUAAACUGUACCACAUUGCGCAUUUGGAUAUUAGUUAUAGAAUUAACAACAAGAAACAAAAAAAGAAAAUUGUAUAUGUAACAUGUUACUUCCUAAGAACAUAUUUAGUUUUAAAAACACAAAAGGAAGUAUUUAAUAUUAUGAUUUAUUAUAGAUUUAGAUUAUUUUACUUAUUUUGUAUUUUUUUUUUUGCUUUGUUUUAAUUUUUCUUUUUAAUUUUAAAUUUCGUAUUUUCACUUAUUUUUGCUUAAAAGAAAAUAGAAACAAAAAUAAAAACAAAGCUCUAAAAGACGUAAGAUUCUAUUUAGUUGUUUCUAUAGUUAAUUAAGUUAAAUAUCGAAAACAAGAAACAACAAAAAUAAUUAAACAGCAAACAAAAAAAAUAUAUAUCGUCAUUUGUGUCAUUUUUUAUAUUUAUAUAUUAGGUAUACAUAAAUAUAUAUUGAUAAUAAUUAUUAUAAAGUAUUUCGAGUAAGAACUUUUAGUCAUGUGUGUAAUGAGCAUUUUAAAAAUAUAUUCGUAUUCGUAUACGUAAAAAUUAUAAUUCAAAA